UUGUCUUUAGUCUUUAGUGUUUUUCUAGUCAGCAACAAAAUGCACAUAAAUUUUUUGUUUUUAGCCACACUAAUUGUGUGGCUACAAUUAGCCAAUGCGCGCACGCUGGCCGAGCCGCCUGCACCCACAGCAAACACCACGAAAGCAGCGAGCAGCAUCAAUGCGACCACAGCAAGUGCUGCGGAUACUUUGGAAGCGCAGGAGCGUCGCUAUGUGGCUGUCACCGCAUCGCUGAAAUACGAACAGUUCAAACCAGAAGCGAGUGCUGUGCGUCACAUUGUGCGCAAGAAACGCGAACUUGAGGUGUCAAUGCCAUUUGAUUUCAAUACAAAGCAUUUGCCCUGCGAUUUGGAUUUUAGUGGACGUGAUUCAGCGAUCGAUUCAUAUCCGAAUCACUGCAUUUGGGUGUGGAAUAAUCGAUAUACGCACGAGGGCUGGUAUCGCGUUUACAAAACGUAUCAGCUUGAGGCUUUCUUCUUUGGGCAGUACUACGAGCGUUUGAAGCGCUACGAGAUCGAUCCACACACUUGGGAUUAUGACAAUACAGAAAUUAAUUAGUUUAUUAAAUUCAAAGUGCAGCAACGUGUAGCAACUUUUCAAUUUACUGAAACGGAAAUUUGAUUUAUAUUCUCGAU